AUGCAGGCCCUCCUCGCGCUCGUCUCGAUGGCCGUGGCUGGCAAACUCUUCUGGGGGAAUAUCGCGGACUCAAACACGCUCGGCAUCAGCCAGAAUGAGGCCAUCCUCGCCAGCGAGUUCGGCGCUGUGACGCCGGAGAACUCGAUGAAGUGGGACGCGACUGAGCCGACGCAGAAUGGCUUCAGCUACACCGGCUCGGACGCCGUCGUCGACUGGGCGACCGCCAACAACAAGCAGGUUCGCGGUCAUACGCUGGUCUGGCACUCGCAGCUUCCCGGCUGGGUGCAAUCGAUUGGCGACGCGGCGAGCUUGACUAGCGUCAUCCAAAACCACAUCUCUAACCUUGCGGGUCGCUAUGCUGGCAAGUUGUACGGUACAUAUUGGGACGUCGUCAAUGAAAUCUUCAACGAGGACGGGACCCUCCGUUCCAGCGUCUUCUCCAACGUCCUCGGCCAGGAUUUCGUGACCAUCGCCUUCCAAGCCGCGCGCGAAGCCGACCCCAACGCGAAGCUUUACAUCAACGAUUACAACCUCGACUCCGUCAACGCCAAGGUCCAGGGCCUUGUCUCCCUCGUCAACAGCGUCAACUCCGGCGAGAAGCUCAUCGACGGCAUCGGCACGCAGACGCACCUGUCUGCGGGCGGCUCCUCAGGCGUUGCUGCCGCCAUCAAGGCGCUCGCGGCGACCGGUGCUGAGGUCGCGGUGACGGAGCUGGACAUUGCGAGCGCGCCGGCGGCGGACUACGUCGCGGUUGCUCAGGCUUGCCUUGACGAGCCGCUGUGCGUGUCCAUCACGACGUGGGGUGUGGCAGACCCGAACUCAUGGCGAUCCGAGACCAGCCCUCUUCUCUUCGAUGGAAACUACAGCCCUAAGCCCGCGUAUACCGCGCUGGUUGACCUUCUCUCGUAA